CUCAGCAGUACCCAGGGAGCCAUGCGGGCCGAGUGCCAGCCGAGGAAUGACCUGGGGAAGGCUGACCAUCCGUGUGUCUUCGCCAUCCGUAUUGUGGGGGAUCCGAGCCCACUGACCGGCUGCCACCAACACGACAUCACCACGGACUCGGCGAGCGUCACCUGUGAGGACGUGGUUUCUCCGGGGCACCUGGCGCACACUUACCACUUGGAGGUCAGGGAGGGUAACCACGUGGCAGCGACCUACAACAACUCUUUGCCUCGCUUCAACCUGACGUCGCUGGCUCCCGGACGCGACUACACAAUGGUGCUACACGCCGCCCACGCCAAGGGGAGCAGCCCGCCCACCUACCUCACGCUGCGCACCCUCACCCCUAAGGCCGAACAGGUGGCGCCGGAGAGAGUACCUGUGGAACGUGAGUCAGACACCUGUGGAUUGGGGAUUGGGGAGUGUGCUUGCGUGCUGGGUUGA